ACUGAGGCAACUUAUACUUGUCAGGAGUGCGCACUGUGCUUUAUAUACCAACUAUAUUUGGGAACUCUGAGCGUUGUUUCCUUUACUCACACAAUUGGUCCAGGGACAAUAUUUAUUAGGUAGGAGGUGCUCCUGCCUACAAGUUUGUUCAUGACUCUGGAAGUUCACUCGGCGUAAACGCGAACCGACACUUGACGUCUCUCCAGCAGCAAGUGCAACACGGAGCAUUCAACAGAAUAAAGACUUUGACACUUGGAAAAAUGGCCUUACCCGGGACCAUUUUGCCUUCGAUUUCAACAUUCGCAAACCAGAAGGAAAAACUUUGGGAGGAUAGGUGGAAAAGUGAGGUGGAGAAACCAACGAGUGUAAGCUGCGCUUCGCUCAACGUGGCGCAAAACAUGGACAUUUACCGUGCCCGCAAGGACGACGAGGAUCUGAGUAACUAUUUGGAUCUGGAGUUUAUCCUAGCCAACACAACAGGACCUCUUGAAGCAGGCGUUCAGUACAUUUCGCCCGCGGAACCGUGCGCCAUGUACACGGCGAGCACCGGCGCGUAUCCCUCCCAGGAGCAGUGCGCACCGCCACCGCCUUACACCAACAGCCUCAUGGCUGAACUUCUGAGAUCCGAGGUGGACAACUCGUAUGACAUGAAUAACAGCAACGCGAUUCAAGGAAGAUUUAUUGUCAACUCGACCGGUUUCCCUAGACAUGACUUUAUUGACAUUAAAAUCGAGCCCCCCAUGGACGGUUAUGGACCUGUUAUGGGCAUGGUACCCCAAAGCUGCCAAAAAAUCAAACAAGAGGGCAACAUCUCGUGCAUGAUGGCUUUUGAGCAGCCCAGACUCGCCGUGUCUCCGCAGGCGACGGGGAAUAUGACACCUCCACUGAGUCCGGACGACCAAGGCAGCUCCGGGUGUCCGACCCAGAUGCACCACACCGCGUUCUCUCAGGGUUACCAUCACUCGCCGCCGGCUUACCCACAGAUGCAACUCCCCUACACGGCGCAGCACCAGUACGGCGUUUUCGAGGACGGCAUGAGUGUGCAACCUAACAUGCAAAGGACUCUUUUAACACCCCCAUCCUCCCCACUGGAACUAAUGGAGUCUAAACCCAAACGAGGAAGACGCACCUGGCCGAGGAAGCGCACGGCGACUCACACCUGCACUUACGCUGGCUGCGGCAAGACGUAUACGAAGAGUUCACAUCUGAAAGCACACCACAGAACCCACACUGGUGAAAAGCCUUACCAUUGCAACUGGGAGGGGUGCGGAUGGAAAUUCGCCCGUUCGGAUGAGCUGACACGUCAUUUCCGCAAGCACACCGGACACCGACCUUUCCAGUGCCACCUGUGCGAGCGCGCCUUCUCCAGGUCUGACCACCUGGCGCUGCAUAUGAAGAGACACCUGUGAGGACUGGAUCCACAAUCACACAACUGCCUUAUUUAAUGACUUUGUACAUGACCAGAUGACAAUCCUUUGUCGAUAAAGAAAUAUAUUAUUAUUCUUUUGUAACAAAGUAGCUGGUACUACAUAGAUUACGCAGAGCUCUUUUUAAAAUGCCAAUCAAGAGUGAACUUUUUUAAUUGUAUUUUUGGGAGGGGGACAGUGACCUUAAGGGCUGGUCCUAAAAUCUGUGUCCAUGGAAACAGUAUGUACGUCUAAACGUGCCUUUUAAUAUCCACAUACUGCCUAUAGAGUGUAAUGCCUGAGACUAGCAAACCUCCGGUUUCCUGAUAUAAUGACAUACAUGCAUGUGAAGAAAUGCAUGAUGACAAUGUUUUGCUCUUGAAACUGCCUUCCUGCCAUGCAAACAGAACUGUGUUCACGAUUUAAAGUUUUUGAAACACUCUCGUUUGAAUUUGUAUUGAAAAAAGUGGCAAAUUAAUUGUAAUGAAGGCACAUGGUCAGUGCCCUUUGUUCAUUAGCACAGUAUACUCUCGGGCUAGAUGUCCUGGGUUUUUAUAAGAUUGUGUACAUACAUUUUAUAUUGUAAGUACUGUAUUUAUUGUAAAUAUUAAACUAAAUUUGAAUAUAA